AUGUCGUCCCCCUUCGACCACCCGGGCUCCGCGGCGCAGUUUGGCGCCGCCACGGAUGACGGACUUGAUGGCGACUAUAGCAUGAUGGCCGACUACCCCGAGGCACUCGAUUACUAUGCUUUACUGGGCCUAUCCUCAGACCCUCCUCCGAAAGACACCGAUAUCCGUUCCGCGUACCGCAGUCUGACCCUCAGUUUCCACCCGGACAAGCAACCACCGCACCUCCGAGAGGCCGCUCAGCAGCAUUUCACGAGGAUCCAAGAAGCGUACGAUGUUCUCAUCGACCCUAAGAAGCGCAUAGUCUAUGAUCUUGCGGGAGUGGAGGCUGUGCAACAAGAAUGGGGUCAACACGGUGCGAUGGGCCCCAGAGGGGAUGCGCAGUCAAAACAACUCGGCGUUAAGGCGAUGUCGCCUGAUGACUUUCGAAAGUGGUUCUUGAAGACAAUGAAGAAACGUGAGCGCAAAGCUGUUGAAAGCUUGGUUUCGAGCCGGGGCACUAUUACACUUGGAGUCAACGCAUCUUCAACCAUUUCAGUCGAUGAAGAAGAUGGGGAUGUGACUUUCCAAAUUCCAUCGGCUAAAUUGAGCACAUAUGCCGUCAACUACAGCUUCAGGACUCCUCUGCCUCUGCCUGCGUUCUCGCACGGAACGAAGGAAGAGGAUGAGGCCGAGAAGCCAGACUCGGAGGCUGCUUCAGAUGAUCUCGACGAUGAUUCUGACCCCAUUGAAAUGACGAUUAAUAUGGGAAUCGCAGGCAAACUCGCUCGUCCCGGGCAAAAGCUUCAAGUCGAGUAUGAAGAUGAGUCGACUGAAGAGCAGCUAGUCCCCUUGCCACACGUCUUAGUGGCGCAGAACAUUAGCCUUGGUGCUACUGUCACCCCCAAUAUGAGGGGCUUGAUAGGCACUAAGGGUAUCUGGAGUCGACAGCCAUUCCCAUUCUUCCGAGACUCUACUGUCCAUGUUGAGGCUGGUGUUUUCCCUAUACCAUCGUUGAAGACAACCAUCGGUCACGCUUUUCAGCCAAUUUCAGGUAUCAAACCGAUCAGCGUCAGUGCUAGCAGCACCAUCACUCGAUCUCUGUGGGAAUCUCUGCCUUCGUUCGAUGUGCAAGCAACGAAACAAGUUGCUCAACGAAAGAUCGCCUUCUUAACAUGGUCCAGUGGAUUGAUGGAAUGGCCCGGGCUUCUCCAAGAGACUUUCCCUUCCCUUGGAAUGAGCCUUGGAAGCUAUUAUAAUACUGGAGUGAGCGACAGCACAUUUCAGAUUGGCUUGAUAUCACAACCGAAACAACCUUCGAGAAUGGUUGAACUUGACGAGGACAAUGAUGGUGAUGGUGAUGAUGACGAAUUGCGCGAGCAACUGGAGAAGCAACAGGAAAUCGAUCGCGCGGCCGAGUUUUGGCAGACGUACCUCACAGCUACCCCGGCAGGAGGCGGCAUCGGACUGACCUACUCUCGAAACUUGUUUUCGGGCAAACCUGCAGAUGAUCCCGUGAGGUCAGAAUGGAGCGGCGAGGGUUACUUCCCCAUGGCCAAAAUGGAGGAACCCCGGGCAGUGCGACUCGAGGUUACUACCAUUGUCAGCGCAGACGCGUCUAUCAGUUGGGGUAUCAAGGGUACUCGACGCGUUGGCGAGUACACCAAGAUGUCACUCGGAGUCGGUUUUGCCCAGAAUGGCGUCGUGGCUACUGUAUCUUGGAACAGACUUGGCCAGGGCAUCAAGCUUCCCAUCGUCAUAUGUCCUGCUGAUCAGGCCAACCAUGAUGCCGCUGCAUUGGCUGCCGUCUUCCCGUGGAUUGCUUACUGUGCGGUUGAGUUCGGCUACGUCCGCCCGCGCGAUAGAAAGAGACGUCGGCAGGCGGUGGCGCGUCGUCACAAAGAGCUGAAGAAGCUUAUCCCGAAGAAGCGAGAAGAGAGCGAGCAGGCUAUCGAGCUCAUGUCCGAUCAAGUGCAAAGACGCCAGGCUAGAGAAGAGGCGCAGGAUGGGUUGAUCAUCAAAAAGGCCGAGUAUGGAUACAUUCCUCCGAAGAAUAAGAAACCCAAGAACGGCUUCACUGAGCCUCGGAUAAUUGACGUGACUGUUCCUGUGGCUGCUCUGGUCGACCGCGGCCAGCUAGUGAUCCCUCAGAACUCGAUCAAGUUUCAAAUCAUGGGCUUCCAUGACCCAGCGCCUCUUUUGCCAAAACGACUCAAGAUCUGGUACACAUUCCAAGGGCGUGACCAUUUCGUGGAAGUUGGUGAUAAAGAGCGUGUCGCUUGUCCCAUGCGCACCCAUUUGACCUCUGAGUGA